CGGUGCGAUUUCAGACGUGUUUGAGUGAGAGAGAUAAUUACAUACGGCGCUGCAGAGAGACCUCCCGUCCUCUAGGGGGCAGUACUGAGUGUCACAGUCAGGGCGCUCAGAACAAAACCAAACCGACUCUCAAAUGGCGGCACGAAAACGAAGCAUAGUGUGGUCGUUUUUCCAAGCCGAGGAUGAGAAAAGAGUAUUAUGUCUCCUUUGUAUGAAAACGGUUUUAUAUUUCGGUCAUACGACCAAUAUGCUUCGCCAUUUACGAGCGAAACAUCCGAAUGAUUUCUCCGCUUUGGACAAGAGAAAAUCCACGUCGGGAAAAAGCGCAUCCAACCAUAAUAGCGGCUGUGUGGAAGUGACCGUCAUGAUGGAUGAGCAGCAAGUAGAAGUUCCGGCCGAGGUGGGAGACGCGGAGAUGGACGGGGCAAUCCGAGGAAUCCUGUGUGCAGCUGCAGGAGAAGCGGCUACAGAAGGAGAGACAUCUGGGUGCGAAGGCGAGGGCAGAGGGACUCAGGAGGGCAGCCCCGCCCCGACCCAAACCCCAACCUCACGCAAAUGGAGCGCGGUGUGGGUUCACUACCGCAAAGUGGACCAGGAGAAAAAGGCUUUGUGUUUACUGUGCAUGGAGAAGAUCCAGCACCAGAGCAGCACCAGCAACCUCAUUAGACACCUGCAGAACAAACAUCCUACAGAGUAUGCUCAGCUAGAGGAGCACUCACAGAAACGACCCCCCAAACGCAAAAAUGAGGAUCCUGAUUACGUCCCUGCAACUUCGCCCAAAACCCGUGCUGCACCAGCCAACCGUAUAGUCCCGUCUCAGCUUAGCAGCAGUCUCACGGCAGUAGUCGACUGGAGCGAUGGGCGGAGGAUCCUGGAGCGCGAGCGGGAGUUGACGGAGGCAUUGAGGCGUGUGCAGCAGGAAGAAGGGCGAAGUUUGCAGCAGCAGAGGGAUUUAAUGCAGCAGAUCCGAGAGCUGGAUGCAGAACGGCGAGUGCUUCAGAACCAGAAACGUGAGCAGGAGGACGAACAUCACAGACUGAAGAGGGAAAAGGAGGAGCUGGAAACCAUCAGGAUGGAGCUCCAGAAAGAAAAGGAAGAACUCCAUAAGGAGAGGGAGGAGCUGUUUAAGGCCAAGGAGGAGUUUCGUAAAGAGAGGGAGGAGCUGGAGAGGCAAAGACAGGAAAUUCAUAGAGAGGGACACAUACAGGGCCAAGUGUCUGAGUUUUACAACUGUUGAUUUGUCUUAAUGCUUCACUGUUCUAGCAAGUUCUUUCCAGUUCUUUGUAAUUUUUAAAAUGUUUAGUGAACGUAGCUGACAGGUUUAAUUACUUUGCCUUUCCCCCCACUGGAUGUACUCUAUGUUGUGACAGGAUGAUGUUGAGGGAGGACAUUUUCCUGUAAAAAGAUGCUUUUCACUGUAAUUUUUAACAUUGUACGUUCUGCAGAACUCAAUACAGCAUUCACUCACACUCCUGUCACAAGCCGUACUUUUCUAAUCGCCUCAGUGUCCCACGUUACCAUCUGAAACCUGACGGCAGCCUGUCCACCCUGCUGUACAAAGUAUUGGCAUCCCUUAUCCAUCGGUGGACCAGGACCCCUGAGCAGAAGAUAUGACACAGCAGUGUUACUGAAUUUUUUUAUUAUUUUUUUUUUGUACUGAACCAUUUGAUUGUCAAUGAUCUGAGCUUCCUUUACCUUUCCAUAACACCACCUUUCAGCAAGACCCCUAUAUUCAUGUUGUAGUCAGCUAAACCUAAAAUGAUAUAUAUAACUAGAAAGAGCUGAAUUAAAUCGUGACUGGUAUUUCCUGAAUAUUGUUACACCUGAAUAUAGAGCCACCUAGGCUUUUUUUGUGUAAUUGUCCCAAAGUUUUUUUUUGUUUUUUUUUUAUAUAUCUUACUUUUGUUCAUUUUAUAAAUGAAAUAUAAAGCAAGGUUUUUAUAAGUUGACUGACGUACAGGAUCACCUGACGUAGGACAAAUGUUUCUUGUUCGUUAUGUGCAUUCAUAUUUUAUGCGUAACAUACAACUGUUAAAAUACAAUUGUAUUUUUGGAAAGCAAAAGAAGUGAGUUAUAAUUAUUAUUAUGAGAAAAAAAAAAAUCAGCUUGCCCCUGGAACUAUGAAACUAUAAGUCGUUUUCCUACAAAGCUAAACUCCGUGCAUGUUGAGUUUCGCCUCCAUUCCUGAUUAAAUAAAAAAAAUUUCAACAACA